UUAAUAAAAUCACCUUUUUAAGUAAAUAUAAUUAUGGAUUUACAAACAUCUCACUUAGCCGCAGCUUUAAUGUCGGGAAACAAUGUGUUUAAUAUACCACAACAAGAACCUGCCGGUGGAACAGCAGAAACUGGUAACGGUGAAAGUAAAAAAGAAAAGACCAAUGAAACUCAAAAAGAAACCGCUUUUGAAGAAAAGGAGGAAUUAGAAGAAGAAGAGUUCUCAGAUGAGGAAUCUGAGACACAGCCGGGUAACAAAUCUAUACCUGGUAGAGGUGUUACUCUACAAAUGCUGUUAGAAGAUAAAAUGUUAGAGCCAGGCACUGCUGCAAUGACUAUAGAAUAUCUGGGGCAAAAAUUUGUUGGUGAUUUACAACCUGAUGGGAAAAUCAAGUCACAUGAAACAGAAACAAUUUUUUGUUCUCCCUCUGCCUGGGCUAUACAUUGCAAAAGGAUUAUUAACCCUGACAAAAGAUCUGGCUGUGGUUGGGCAUCAGUAAAAUAUAAGGGCAAAAAACUUGAUACAAUUAAAGCAACAUAUCUUCGGAAAAAACAAUUACAAAGGGAGAACAUGCACACUGAUGAAGAGACAGAAAUGGAAGUAGAAAGUCCUCCUGAGCCCCCACCACAGAGAGUUGUGAUGAAACAUAACACAGUGCCUAAUAGAAUGAUGCAACAUGAUGCAAAUAUGUUAAUUGAGGCAGUUUCAUUUUCAUCAGCUGGGAAAGUUCAACCAUUUCUAGUUUCAGUCAGUUCUAAUGCUCUUCUUCUCCUUGAUAUUCACUGUCAUUUGAAAAAGGAAGAAGUUUAUGGAUAUCUUGCAGGAACUUGGGACUUGAACAAUCAUAAUCUGAUGAUAACACACACAUUCCCAUGUUUGAUUAGUAAAAAUGACACAAGGCCUAGAGUUUUAGUUGAAUUAGAAAUUCAAAUGGAAAUCGAAAAACUGGGUCUGACUCUUUUGGGAUGGUAUCACUCCCACCCUACCAACCCUGCCAUGCCCAGCUUGAGAGACUGCGAUAGUCAGCUAGAAUAUCAAAUUAAAAUGAGGGGACCAUCAGAAAUAUCUUACAUUCCGUGCAUUGGGGUUAUCUGCUCACCCUACAAUCCAGAAAGUCCAGUUCUAGAAUCUUCCUUAACAUUCUUCUGGGUGAUGCCGCCACCAGAACAGAGGCCUACGGAAUACCCACGUCCAUUAUUAUUGCAAUAUAAUAUGGUUCAUGAUAGUCAUUUAUCCACGCAUGCUAUGGAGCAAAUUAAGAAAAGUAUCAAGUACUACAUUACAUUCACAGAUGAUGCGUUUGUUAAUUUUAAAGAAAACUAUAAACCAGAUAUAACGUUUUUAGAUAAAUUAAAGUGUACCCUAACACCUAAAUUUCCAAGAGAACAAAGCGAUGGUCUGCUAUGGCAUUUCAUAAGAGAUGAAUUAGGUUGUUCGUCGGAAAAUGAUGACAAAAUGGAUUUGGACGCCUUGUUAGCUGUGCCUCAAGUUAUUCCAGCUUGUAAACCUAGUCAGACUUCAUCAUCUAACUUCCCAUCAGUUAGUACUUUGCAGCAAAUGGUCAGUAGACCACCUGGUGUACCACCAAUUAAUGUGUCAUCGGCGAUAGGGCCUGUUUCCCCGCAUAAAUUUGAUACACCACCAUUGAACAUACCAGUUUUAUCUUCUUCUGCGAAGCCGUCUAAAUCAACUACGCCGUCUCUUCCGCCAACUUAUCCAACAGGUUUAGACAUGUUGACGAGCAUGGCUUUAGGAUUGGGAUCUCCUAAUAUGUCCCUUCCUCUAGGCACCACAGGAUUAGAAAGUUUAGCAGCUGCAAAUAGUAUGCUCACCGGUUUCAAUCCUGGUAUGUCCUCUAAUUUAGCGGCUUUAUCAUCUUCUAAGCUUCCCGAUCUUCCCUCAUACGCAGCAUCAUUACAGAACCUGUCCAGUAAUAUUGUAAACUUUGAAAAAACCUCGACUAGUACAUCAACAAGUUGUACCACAUCUGCAGCUCCUAUUCCUGCAAAUAUCGCUUCGAACUUAAUGAUGAGCUCCGCAGAUAUAGCGAAUGCUUUGUUAUCGGCAAGUAAAUAUUCUAGUGCUGGGAUAUUGGGAAUACCGGACCCUAUGUCAAAAUCAACACUUGCCGCUAAUAACAUGUUUUUGUCCCCGUCUUUGCUCAAGAUGCAAGAGUCACUGCUUAAACCUUUGUCAAGUAGUAGUCCAAUACCUUCGAAAGCGAGUCACGAUCAGAAUAUGAUGAUGAAAAGUCCGCAUGAUUUAAUCAAAAGUGGUAGCAAGGAUUAUUUACCUCCAGACUUUGGAAGUAUAGGCAAAGGCAAGGAGAGCUCCUUAGACUCUAUGAAACAUACGGACUUAAGCACACCUAAAGGCGAAUCAUCUAAAUCCAUUUUGUCAGAAUCUCAGCCGACAGACUAUUCCCAGCUGGGUGCUUCGCCGCGAAUCGGUGGCGACCCCUUUUUGAAUCAAAUGUUAGAAUUGACUAAGAAAACGACGCUUCCGGAUUACGUAACAGAUUAUAGUCAAAGCCGUAAAAUUACAGAUGAAGAAAUACAAAAGAUACAAUCAAAUCCGCUAUCUUACUCUAGCGCUGCUAGUAUUGCAGACACCAUCGCGCAAGUAGCUAUGGGCAACUUCAGUAAAAUGGAUGAUGUGGUCGACUAUAGCAAAAGUCAAGAUUUUUCUAGUAAUAAAAGCUUAAAUAGUGAAAAUGAGAACUAAUUACUAAAUAAUGACAUUGUAUCAAUGUUUAUAAACCUUUCUUUGAUGGUUAUGUGUGCAUAGCUGUUAAGGUAUUUUUACUUAAAGACACAUUUACAGAAACAAAUACAU